AUGUUAAAUUAUUAAGGCUAAGUGUAAAAUAUAAUUUUUAUUAAUGGUUAAAAACUUGGAGAAGGAACAGAAGGUAUUGUGUUUAAGGGACAAAAUAAGUAAACAAAUGAAAUUGUGGCUAUUAAAGAAUACAAAAAAUCAAUCAAUCAAAAUGAAUUAAAAGCAAUUUAAGCAAUUUAUGCAAAGAAUUUCAGCCAUAUAAUUGGGAUAAAAGCAGUAUAAUAAAAUUAGAAUUCUGUUCCAAUAAUUAUUUUGGAGUUUGCUAAUGGAGAAUUCUACAAAUAUAUGUAAACAUAAGAUUAUUACAGAUUAACAUAUGAUCAAAAAAAUUAAUAUUUUAUAUAAGUAAUAGAACAAUAUUAUUUUAUUUAAGAUGGUGUAAGGUGUUGAUUAACUUCAUGAUUUGGGAUUAUUUCAUAGAGAUUUAAAACCAGAAAACUUUGUAUAUAUUAAUUAGCCAAACAAUCAAAAAAUUAUUAAAUUGAUUGACUUUGGUUUAGUUAAAGAAACUGGAAAUUUUAUGGCAAAGACCGCUUGCGUUGGAGUACCUUAUUAUAUAGCACCAGAGGUUUUAAAUAUAAAAGACUGUUUUUAUGAUAAAUCAGUUGAUAUUUGGUCUUUGGGAGCCAUUUGGUAUGAAAUCUUGACAGGAUAAACAUUAUUUAAUGGUAAUUUUAAUUUAUAAUCUUAGGUAAUAGUUAAGAUGAAUUAUUUAAUUAAAUCUUAAAAAGUAGCUAAUAAUAAAUUGAUUAACUAAUUUAAAAUAAUCAAUAGAUACAAAAAAAAGAAAAAGAAUUAAUCAAAAGGAUGCUUAUAAAAAAACCAACAGAUAGAAAAUCAUUGAAAGAAAUAAUUGCAGCUUAUAUUUAAUAAUAAGUUCAAUAUUAACCAUUUCAAAAUUAAUAAUUUCUAAAUUAACAACCUCAAAUCCAAUAAAAUUAGAAUUUAUACCAAAAUUAAUAAUAAUAAUAAUAGUAAUAUUAAUUAUAAUUCUAAUAAUAAUAAUAAAAGCCAUAAUUUAAUUCAAUGAAUCCUCAGAUAUAACCAGUAAAUAAUAUUUAAUUUCCUAGUAAUUCAUCAUAAAUAAGACCUUAAUAACAGAUUUAUUAAGAAAUAAAUAUACAUCCUAAUCAAAUUUAAUAAAUAUAAUUUUAACAAAUUGAGAGAUAAAAUAAAGAUUAAGAGGAGAAAGAAAAAAAAAAAUAAGAGGAAACAGAAAAGAUAUAAUAAGAAUUAAAAAAGAAGAUGAAAGAAGAAUAUGAAUAAAAAAUGAAAGAUUUUGAAUCAAAGAAGGUUGAAGAAAUGGAGUAAAUAAAAAGAGAAAUAGAAAAGUAAAAAGAAGAAGAGUUGACUAAGAAAAUGUAAAAAAUUUAAGAAUAACAGAAAAAAGAAUUUGAAGAGUAAAUAAGAAAAAAAGAAAUAGAAUUAAAAUAAUAACAAGAUAAAGUUUAAUAAUAGGAAAAAGAUAAAGAAUAGUUGGCUUAAAUGAAAAUUUAGUAAGAAAUAUAAUUUUAAAAUGAAAUUGAUUAAUUCAAAAAAAAGUAAGAAGAAGAAUAAUAACAACAGAUUAAACAAUAUUUAUUAAAGGCAAAUAAUGAAAAAGAAGAAGCAAUUAAAUAAAAUUUAGAAAGUAAGGAAAAAGAGAUUAAAUAAUAAGUAGAAAUGGAUGUUUAAAAAAAAUAUCUACUAGAAUACUCAAAUAAAGUAACUGAAUUGGAAAAAAAAAAACAUUUAGAAAAUUAAAAAUAAUUAGAAGAAAAAAAAUAAUCCUUACUAAUUCUAUUAUAAUCUUAGCAAAAUACAAUAUAAAUGUUUAUCUCAAACUUAAAAUAAAAAUUAUAGCUUAUAAAGGAUUUAGAUACAUAAGUUUAAAUAAAAAAUUAAUUAAUAAAUUUCAUAGAAAAUGAACUUAAAAAAUAAGAGGAAAAAGUUAAAUAAAAUGAACAGAGAUAAUUAACUAUUUAAUAAGCUUUUUAAUUAGAGUAAAUUAACGGAUAGGAUAAUAAAAUAUCUUUAGAAAUUUCAUCAGAUAUAUAAGAAUAAAAUAACGUUAAUAAUUGCAUUACAGAACAAUAAAUGUUACUUAAUAAGUCGGUAAAUGAUAAAGAAAGGAUUGAAUAAUAGCAAAAAGAACAGUAGAAACAAAAAGAACAAUUAAAUUAAGAAAAACAAAAAAUUUAAUUAUAAUUUAAUAACUUAAAAUAAAAAAGUGAUUCGUUUUAAGGAAAUAUUUAAAAAUUUUAGGACAAAAUUAAGUUUUAUGAGAAAAUUUAAUAUUAAAUAUAAGGGUUAGAAAAACUUUAAGAAGUUAUCGGUUUAUAUUAAAAAAUUAUUUAAGAUUUUUAAGUCUUAUAAUAAUAAGAAAAUAAUAUUAAUUAAUUUGAGUUAUCUAAGCAAAUUAUUACUUAUUAAUCUUUUAAUAUUAAAGUUGAGGAAAUUUAAUAAUCAUAAAAUAGACUUAAAAAUUAAAUUGAUGAGACAAAUAAAUUUAUUGAAUUAAUUGAUAACAAAUUUAUUGAUGAAUAACGUAUUUAACUAGAUGAUUUAGCUCAUAAUUUAAGUGAUUACUUAGAUAAAUUUAAAUAUCUGUCUAAGAAUGAAAAAUAUAAAAAUAAAAUUGAUUAAAUAAUUUCUAAAAUAAAAAAUUGUUUUAAUUAGUUAAAUUAUUGGCAUUAAUAAUAAGCUGAAGAAAUAUUUAAAAAUUAUAAAUAGUUCAUUCAAAUGAUAGAGUCAAUUAAUCAAGAUUUAAAUGAAUUUUCAAAAUAAUACAAUUAAUUACAUGAAUAAAUCUAUCAAGAUUAGUAAAUUGAAUAACAAAAUUCUGAAAGAAAAAAAAAAUUAACAAAUAUUGAAGGAUAAAUAAAAGAAUUUAUUGAUAAAAUGAAUAAGUUAAAAACUUAGAUAAAUAAUUUAAUUAACAAUCAAUAUUGUAACAAUGAAUAUACUAGAAAUUUAAUAAUGGAAAAAUAAAGAAAAAUUGAUUAAAAUAUCUAUUAAAUUCAAGAAUAAUUUAAUAAUUUUAAAGGAUUUAAUUAAUUAAUAUCCUAUGAAAUUAAAAAUCAAAUAAUAUAUUUGGAAUAAUUUUAAGAGAAAUUAAAAAAAUUACAUGAUGAUGAAUUAGAACAAGUUAAUUAAUUAUAAUUAGUAAUUUAAAAUAUUGGAGCUGAAAACAAAAGUGGAAUAGAAAAAGAAUUACUACAAUUAACUAAUGAAUUAUAAUAAAAAUAAAUGAAAUUUACAAAAGCACUUUAAUCAGUCAAUAUUGAUUAAGAUAAAAUUCAAUAUAUUCAAAAAAUUAAGGAAAAAAAAGAAGAUUUGUAUAAUUAAUUGAUAUCGGAAAUAGAAACCUUAUAGAAAUAUUACAAUAUUAAUUAACAUAAUUAGCAGUUAUUUAAUAAAGAAUUAUAACCUUUCUUAGCAAAAUAAAAAUAAUACAGCGAAUUGGAAAAAAUACUAAAAAGAUUAUAAAAUUAUAAUUAAGAGAAAACCUAAUAAUUAGAAAGAAUACUUAGUAAUGUACAUAAUAAACCAUAUGAAUUUUAAUUUUAAAAUAUGGAUAAAUUUGAUAAAUAUGUAAUUUUAAAAUAAAAAGAAGAACAAUUAUCAUUAGAAAUAAAUAGCAUAAUUUUAUAAGAAUAAAAUUAACAAUAAAAAAAAAAAUUAAUGAUUUAAAUUCUUAAAUAGACUCAUUAAUGUAAUAAAUUCCUGAUUAUAAUUAAAUUUAAGAAAUCAAAAAUGAAUAUUAAAAAAAUGCAGAAUAAUUUUAAAUAUUAUAUGCUUUAGUUAAUUAUAUAAUGUAGUAUCACUUAACAAGAUAUUUUGAGAGAAUAAAAGAAAAUGAAGAUAAAUCAAAGGAUAAAUAAUAAAAUUUUAAAGAAGGCAGUUAUAUAAAGGCCUUUCAUGAUAAAUAAAAUGAAUAAACGAAAGAGAGCACUAAAAAAGAGAAGGAAGCUUAAGAUUUAUUAAAGAUCUACGAAAAUAUUCUCUUUAAUAAUUACACUAAGAAGAUGAUUGUAGAAAUGGAAAGAGACUAUUAAACAAUCAAGAAGGAAAUUGAAACUUAAGAAAAUUUUAUAAAAUAAAAAAAUUUAGUUAAACUAAGAGCUUCAAUUAAAGACUAGAAACCUAUCAAAGAAAUUAUAAACAAUAAAUAAUAUUAUAAAAUAAAUGAAUGGGCAUAAAUGUUAGAACUUUAGAUUUUAUCGAGAAAUAAAUGA